UUUUGAUAUUUAUAAUCUAUGAAAACGAACUAUAAAGAGGACCCACAAAAAACCCCAUUCAUAACGUCGAAUCAUGUGCAUCUUCUGCGUUGCAUUAAAACACACUUUCCUCUUUUCCCUCUUUCUCUCAAGUUUAAAACUUUACCUUCUCCAAGAAAGAUUCUUACGUACCUUUCUACUCUCCCCCUCACAUCAAGCAAUGUCACCGACUUACCUCAAACGUCCGGUCAUGAUCUCUCUCCUCCUCUUCGUCGUUGUCCUUCUCACAGCUUCCAUCGCUUCUCCAACCGUCGAAGAAAACCGGAUGACAUCAAGAAACGUCCCUUACCGAACCCACCCAUUGGUCCCGAGGGUUCACCACCCGUAUUACGUGACGCCUCAGGGUUCGUGCGACUCCUUCACUCGUCCAUACGCGCGUUCUAUGUGCCUUGAGCUUCAAAGAAUCCACCGUAGCACCACGAAGCAGCCACUUGUUUACCCUCCUCCUCCUCCGCCGGAGAUUGAUCCAAGGUACGGCGUCGAUAAAAGACUCGUCCCCUCCGGUCCAAACCCUCUUCACAACUAAAAACCCUAUUCCACAGUUUGUAUACAUAUAUAUAUAUAUAGAGAGAGAGAGAGACCUUAGUUCCAUAUUUUAUAGUUAACACAUUUCUUGGCGUUUCUUGAAAGUACUUGUUCGGGAGAUCUGUGCCCGAAGACGAAGAUUCAUUUCUUAUUUUCCGAUCUUUCUUGAAUCUUGAUUAUACUCUCUUGAUCAUCUUGAUGGAGUCCUAAGUAUAACGUUAUGAGGGAUGUAUUGUUGCUAUUUCCACGCUUGUUUUUGAAGACUAGUAGAGAGUGAAAACAAUCUUGGAAAUAGUGUGCAACGUCUUUCUUUUUUAUUUAUUUUUAUGUUUACAUAAUGUGAAACUUAAAAAAAAUAAAUGCAGGCAAAAAGAUUUAGAUAUUGGUUGUGAGAGAGGGGAGAAACGCAUGAGUUCCAUUAAUUUGGGAGCUGUAUAUUAUUAUGUAAUUUCAA